AUGGAUGAGACACAGGAGUCUCUAGCCUUGACUGUGCAUCUUCUUGCUGACACUGGGAACGGUUCGCUUCUGCAGCAGGCUCUGGACCAACUCCUGGAUUGCAUCUGCCCAGAGGUGCGUCUCUUCCUGGUGUCCGAACGGGCCAGACCAGUGAAUUACCAUGAAAAGUACCAUCCCUGGAGGGCCCGCUUCCCAGGGAUGUCUGUUUUGCUCUUUCUUCAGGAAAGCUUGGGACAGGAGCGGCUGUUUCGAGUCUUGGACUUCCUACAGCAUUCACCCUGGCAGGGUUUCCCUACCCAGCAUGCACAGGGGAGGCCUUGUCCCUAUCUCCCUGCCAAUCAGGAAUUCUACAGCCUGCACAACCAGAUGCCAGUGUGGGGCAUGAGGCCGGUGCAUUGUGGCACUGAUAUCCUCAGAGUGACUCUGUAUUGCAGUUUUGAUAACUACGAAGACGCCAUCAGACUGUAUGAGAUGAUCCUACAGAGAGAUGCCACCAUUCAAAAGAGCAACUUCUGUUUCUUUGUUCUCUAUGCCUCCGAGGGCUUCAGCCUGCAGCUCUCUCUGAAGCAGCUGCCCCUGGGAAUGCCAGUGGACCCCAAAGAGUCUUCUGUGCUGCAGUUCAAGGUUCAAGAGAUUGGCCAGCUGGUGCCUCUUCUCCCCAAUCCAUGUGUGCCCAUCAGCAGCACCAGGUGGCAGACUCAGGACUAUGAUGGCAACAAGAUUCUGCUGCAGGUCCAACCAAAGGCAGGACUUGGUGUUAGGAAUGGCGAGUGUUCCUUCCUACAUGGCAGCGUGAGAGGUGACAGGCAUGGGCAGGGCUCCAGGCUGAACUUGGUUCCUACACAAAGAACCUUAGAGACAAGGAGCCGGAGGAACAGGAGCCGGAGAUUCAAAGUACACUCUUUGGAGCUUCCACAGCCCAGUGGGACCUCGGAAACCUCUAGUGACCCUUUGUGGAGAAGCCCUGGCUGGUCCUCCCUGGCCGACAGCGCAGCCAAAGGCAUGCGGCAGUACCGCCUGUCUAUUCCCAUCGAACCUGAGACAAGAAUGGACGUCCUUAAGGAAAACAGCUCCCAGAAACUCGAGGCGGAGACAAACGUGGACACCGGCUUCACCAUCAUCAACUCCAAACCCAGGCAAUCUUUUCUGAGCAGAUUUCCCCGGGAUUUUCAGAGCAGUCAGACACCACGCCGCUUGUCAGGCUCUUCCUUCGAGGCGACUGCUUCUCCAAACCAAAAAGUCUUUAAGGAUAGACUCCGUCCUCUGUCACUUCCUGGUCAAAGGGACUUUGGUGCAAAGACGAGAAUCUCCAAAUGUCCUGUCCAGGGUGGAGAGAAAGAAGAAUUCUUUAUAUAGCACGAAACAAACGUGUUUCUGUAAGACACAAGAUUGAAUGUUCUCGAAACGAAGCAUUGUUAGUUGUCCUUCUCAUUGAAAUAUCUGACAAACGCAAUUGAAGGAAGGGUUUGUUUUUGACUCACGCUUUAGUGGGAAGGUCCGUUCAUGGCUGGAGAGUCAUGGAAGCAAGAGUGGGAGGCAGCUGAUUAUGUACUUU